AUGUCGUAUCCUGGUCGCACCGCAUCAGUACACGCUCUCACACCUUUGACGAGCUCAGACUCGUCCCCGCCUGGCAAGCUGCCUAGUCCGCGGUCUGCGAAGCCUCCGAGUGAGACGAUGCACGCGACUGCUCCUUCACGCAACGCGCCGUCAAGCGCGCCCGUCAAGAAUGGUGCCGAUACCAUAACGCCUGUGCAUACGCCGCCAGAGACGAGAAAAUCGAUAUUCCCUGCAGACGGGAUUCUGGGCUCGAAAAGGCUUUACGAUCCUUCGCUAGACCCCAAGCUGGAUAAGAAGGAUAAACAAAAAUACAAAGCGAAAUAUGCGCCGAUAAAACAACUGGACGACCCAUCUGAGAUACCGGAUCCGCGCCUGGUUAUUGCGGGGUAUGCUGUUGGCCAAUAUCGCAUCAAGACUGCCCCAGGCAGCGCAUCGCCAAAGUCGAAACUGCGCAUGGCGCCCAAGACUCUCAAGCCUUACUCUUUCGACGAGCGGACCUCAUGCGGGCCUGGACCGGCCACACAAGUCGUCAUCACUGGGUUUGACCAAUUGACCACCGACGCCCAACUCCGGGCUUUUGGUUCAUCCUUUGGUGAGGUUGAGUCAAUAAACAACAGGGUCCACCCAAACACUGGUAGCCCUCUUGGAAUAUGCCUCGUCAAGUUUCGCGACGGUCCAGCGCCACGGGGUGGACAGGCUGUGAAAGCUUCGGACUCGGCGAAGAAGGCAGAGGAAAGAGGGAACAAUGAGCGCAUUGGCAUGUCGCGGGUCCGUGUAUUUCGCGAUCGAGAAGGUCUGAGGGCCAAACGACUGGUCCACAUGAUCAUGAAGAAAGAAGACGACAAGCGCAAGGCGGCUAUUGCUGCGCAGUCCGCAACCGCAACCCCCGCGACACCUACCGCAACAUCGUUUGAUUUGCCAGCAAACGUCCCGAAAGGCCCUUCCGGAAAAGGCGCGCGUCCUCCCCCUCCAGCGCGUGAGACACUCUCUCGAAAAGCGCAAUUGUCACAUCUUAUCGAACGAGAGCCGAUAAAACCGAAGUUGAAGCGGAGACCAUACAUAUUUAUCGCGCACCAAUACGUUCCAGUUCUUAGUACGACGAUCGAACAUCUAAGGAAACGGUUAAAGGCCUUCCGUAUGCAAGAAGUACGGUGUGACCAGACGGGAUACUAUGUGGUCUUCGAGGAGUCGAAAUGGGGUGAAGAUGAGACCGUGAGGUGCUAUAAGCAGUUUCACAUGACACCUCUGUUCACCUACGUUAUGAAUAUGGAAUGCAACCAAUAUGGUGACCCCAACUACGAACGAAGCCCGAGCCCGGAGCGCGUUGUGGCUAUCAAGAAACGGAAAGCCGAGGACGAUAGAGCAGCGCGUGAAGAAGCGGAAGAUUUGGAAUAUGACAAGCAACAGCGAGCGUUGGCUCUGGAUCCAGUUGCUGCUGCUCUGGAGAUUCUGAAGCAAGAGCUGCAGGAAAGGCUGGUGGGUGAGGUCAAGACACGAAUUGCGGGCCCGCAGUUGCUGAAGCUCAUGGCCCCGGAACGACAUAUUGAAAAACGCCGGAGGUUGAAUAUCUCAGACCCACACGUCAAGGAAGAGACAAUUCGACCCUCUUCUAUGUUGCUUCCCGCUAUGGACGCUUCGGCCCUGGCACCAAAGUCGCGAACUGCCGCGCUCAGAGGUCGCGGUCGAAAAGCCCUUGGUCCACGUGAUCACAAUCGCGACCGGGGCGGUAGAAAACCGCUCCGUCCGGUUGACGUGUUUGUCGACGAGCGUAGGAAAGCAACUCAUAAACCGCGCCGUGAAGUACACCGGAAUCCCUACCAGAAGUUGUUGGAAAUGGACAUGGACGAAUCGGACGACGAAGGCCGAAGCUCUAUCAACCGCGGCACCGAAGAGCAGGAGAGCCGACCCAUCAGCCGUGCUGCAACCUCAGAUAUCGAAGACGACGACGAGGAAGAUUCCGCUAGAAGUCGACGCUUCAAGAGACGGCGAGUCGAGGCAGGCUGGGGCUUGGAAGAUAGCGACGAUGAGAUGAUGGACGACAGCCACGCCCGCAGUCUUCUUGCGCACUGUAUCCAUAAGGAUCCCGAACAGAUGGCAGAGAAAGAGCUCGAACAGGUGCUCGCAAUUUUGCCUCGUUCCUCGCCCAUAUGGAAGAAGGCAGACAAGGCUCUGAGAGGCUUCAAGCGGUUACGGAAGAUCGAACAAGAAGCGGACGCCAUCUUCGGAGUGGAGCCAAGUCUCGAUGAGAAGUUUGAGCCGGAAGUCAUCAUUACACAAGACGAGGAUGAGGCUGCCAAGCCUAUUCAGACGACAGAAGUGGCUGAACCCGCUAAAGCGACUAAGAAGAAGAGCGUCGCGAAACCGAAGAAAAAGACCAAGAAUCAACUGGAGGAGGACGCCAAAACUGCACAAGUCACGGUCUCUGAAGUGGUCGAGCCUGCUGAAGAGGACAUUGUUCUACCUGAAGUCGCCGAGCCCACGCCUGUUGUUGCCAAGGCUGAAGUGGAGGAGACGCCAGAAGAGGAGGAGCGUGAUGGCGUGUACUGGGGUGUAUCCGCUGUCGAACCGCGACGAACCGUUCAAGAUGACUCCAGUGUGGUCAUGGACAUUGAUGGCUGGCAGCAUCUGGUGAAGGACGAAGAGGAUUUGCUGCUUCUUAAGACCGCCUUGGACAAGAUCGUUCCAGCCAAUAUCGGAGAUGCAAACUCGUGGGCAUGGAAGCAAAAGUCUAUCAAACACCUCAACCGUCCAGGAGAAGAAGGUGUUUCUCGAUCGGAGACCAAGAUCACCGGUUACUUCGUACCGAACAAGACAGGUGCUGCCAGGACUGAAGGGGUGCUUAAGAUCAAAGAGUCGGAGAAGUCGAAGUACCUGCCUCAUCGUCUCCGUGUAAUGAGGGAACGUGAAGAACGCCAGCGCCAAGCCCAGCAAGAAGACCGUACCGGUACCACAGUCGUCGAAGGCUUCCGAUUCCAGACUGGUGGCGCCAAGGCAGCUACAACUGUCAACUCCCGCGCCAACCGUGCCAACAAUCGUCGUCUCGUGAAUGAUAUCAGCAUCUCCAAGAACAUGUCUGGUGCUGAAGGCGAUGCCUUGCGCUUCAACCAGCUCAAGAAGCGGAAGAAGCUCGUCAAAUUUGACCGAUCUGCGAUCCACAACUGGGGGCUGUACGCCCAGGAGCACAUCGCCGCCAACGACAUGAUCAUCGAGUACGUUGGUGAGAAAGUACGGCAACGCGUGGCAGAUUUGCGCGAGGCUCGGUACGACCAGCAGGGCGUGGGAUCAAGCUACUUGUUCCGUAUCGACGAGGAUACGGUUAUCGACGCGACCAAGAUGGGUGGCAUUGCUCGUUUCAUCAAUCACAGCUGUACGCCGAACUGCACGGCUAAGAUCAUCCGCGUGGAGGGCACGAAGCGAAUUGUCAUCUAUGCCCUGCGAGACAUUGGCCAAGACGAAGAGCUCACCUAUGACUACAAAUUCGAGCGCGAACUCGACGCCACCGACCGUAUCCCCUGUCUCUGCGGCUCCGUCGGCUGCAAGGGCUUCCUUAAUUAA